AGGAGCCGCGCCCCGCGCCCGGCGCCUUUGUCCGCCCGCCGCCCGCCGCCCGCCGGCCCCAUGGAGAGCGCCGCGCCGAGGAGGGUCCCGCUGCCGCUGCUGCUGCUCGGCGGCCUCGCGCUGCUGGCGGCCCGAGCAGCCGCAGACACCCUCAUGGAGGCUUGCUGUGCGGACGGACACCGCAUGGCCACACAGCACAGGGACUGCUCGCUGCCCUACACCUCGGAAUCCAAGGAAUGCAGGAUGGUCCAGGAGCAGUGUUGUCACAGCCAGCUGGAGGAGCUGCACUGUGCCACGGGCAUCAACCUGGCCAACGAGCAGGACAGCUGCGCCACGCCACAUGGAGACAACGCCAGCCUCGAGGCUACAUUCGUGAAGAGGUGCUGCCACUGCUGCCUGCUGGGGAGGGCGGCCCAGGCUGCGGGCCAGAGCUGCGAGUACACCCUCAUGGUCGGCUACCAGUGUGGGCUGGUGUUCCGGGCAUGCUGCGUCAAGGGCCAGGAGACAGCAGACUUUGCCCCCAGCGACAUCGGGGACAUCCAAGAAGCAGCCAAGAUUUCGGAGAUGGAGGGGGAGCAGGAGGACCCAUACCUGAACGACCGCUGCAGAGGCGGUGGGCCCUGCAAGCAACAGUGCCGAGACACAGGGGAGGAGGUGGUCUGCUCCUGCUUUGUGGGCUACCAGCUGCUGCCUGACAGUGUGUCCUGUGAAGACAUCAACGAGUGUGUCAUGGGCGAGCACAACUGCAGGCUCGGAGAGUCCUGUGUUAACACCGCGGGCUCCUUCCGCUGCCAGAGAGACAGUAGCUGUGGGACUGGCUACGAGCUCACGGAGGACAAUGACUGCAAAGAUAUUGACGAGUGUGAGAGUGGUAUUCAUAACUGCCUCCCCGAUUUUAUCUGUCAGAAUACUCUGGGAUCCUUCCGCUGCAGACCCAAGCUACAGUGCAAGAAUGGUUUUAUACAGGAUGCUCUAGGCAACUGUAUUGAUAUCAAUGAGUGUUUAAGUAUCAGUGCCCCGUGCCCUGUUGGGCAGACAUGCAUCAACACAGAGGGCUCCUACACAUGCCAGAAGAAUGUGCCCAACUGUGGCCGUGGUUACCAUCUCAACGAGGAGGGAACCCGCUGUGUUGACGUGGAUGAGUGUGCGGCCCCCGCCGAGCCCUGUGGGCCGGGGCACCUGUGCAUGAACUCCCCCGGAAGCUUCCGUUGCGAGUGCAAGGCUGGAUACUACUUCGACGGCAUCAGCAGGACGUGUGUGGACAUCAACGAGUGUCGGCGCUACCCCGGGCGUCUCUGCGGCCACAAGUGUGAGAACACGCCCGGCUCCUACUUCUGCAGCUGCACUGUGGGCUUCCGGCUCUCUGCCGACGGCCGGUCGUGUGAAGACGUGAACGAGUGCAGCAGCAGCCCUUGUAGCCAGGAGUGUGCCAACGUGUACGGCUCCUACCAGUGCUACUGCCGGCGAGGCUACCAGCUCAGUGACGUGGACGGCGUCACCUGCGAAGACAUCGAUGAAUGUGCCCUACCCACCGGCGGCCACAUCUGUUCCUAUCGCUGCGUAAACAUCGCUGGAAGCUUCCAGUGCAGCUGCCCGCCGUCUGGGUACAGGCUGGCCCCCAACGGCCGCAACUGCCAAGACAUUGAUGAGUGUGUGACCGGCAUCCACAACUGCUCCAUCAACGAGACCUGCUUCAACAUCCAGGGGGGGUUCCGCUGCCUGGCCUUCGAGUGCCCCAAGAACUACCGCCGCUCCGCAGACACGCUCCGCCAGGAGAAGACAGACACCGUCCGCUGCGUCAAGUCCUGCCGGCCCAAUGACGUCACCUGCGUGCUGGACCCAGUGCACACCAUCUCGCAUACCGUCGUGUCACUGCCCACCUUCCGAGAGUUCACCCGCCCUGAAGAGAUCAUCUUUCUCCGGGCCAUCAUGCCCGUGUAUCCUGCCAACCAUGCCGACAUCAUCUUCGACAUCACGGAAGGGAACCUGCGGGACUCCUUCGAUAUCAUCAAACGCUACAUGGAUGGCAUGACUGUGGGUGUCGUGCGCCAAGUGCGGCCCAUUGUGGGCCCGUUCCAUGCCGUCCUGAAGCUGGAGAUGAACUAUGUGGUCGGGGGUGUGGUGUCCCACAGAAACGUUGUCAACGUGCACAUCUUUGUCUCCGAGUACUGGUUCUGAGGGCCUGUCCGUGCCAUGCGGCCACACCUGUGUCUCCGGGCCAAGUCGUUGCCACACCAACCAUGCCUGUCCCCAUCGACAUUUCUUAAAUUGAUGUAUUUGUCUUAGCGUUAGGCCAACAUGUAUUAAGCCAGAUGAAUAAGUUCAUCUGGUGUAUUUUGGUAUUUAAAUAACAAGUCCAGUUACUCAACUGUCUGUUGAAAACCUUGCUUAUUUUUUGACUCCAAGGUUAAAGUUUGCUCCCGUUCUCUACCCUGGCAGAGGGGGGGGGGUGACUGGGCAUUGGUAAGGAUCAAGAAAAGAAAGACAUUUUUCAGGGGGCAGCCAGUCUAGACGCCGAGAGAAAACCAGUUUCGGCACUGAUCAUACGUAGUUUGACAUCUGGUACUUUUUUCGCCAAUCGGAUGCAGUGUGUCCAAGGACGUGGGUGCUGUCCAGUAGCAAGUAUGACCUGCCCUGCCCCGAUGCCUCGGGGAGCACUUAGAAGGUGUGUUACAGAUCUGUUAAAGCAGGAGAAUUUCCUCGGGAGAGACAGAGCCUGUUAGGUUUAAGUGUGGACCCUGCGUGGUCAGCGAGGGAAUGGCUGGGUUUUCUCUGCACUGUGCAUCCGUCUUUUUUCAUCAGAGGUGGGGAAAGAAACAGCUUUGUCAUCCUCC